AGCACUUCAAUCCAAAUUCCAGCCACAUUUAUUAUUUCCCAGAUACAACGUAACUCCAUCUCAAUGUCGCGUAUAAUAAACCCAGAUCAGGUCCCACGGGACAGGAGUUUGGCCCAGGAGCUGCGAAGUGAAAUUAACAGAAAUUCAGCGGAAAUUAGCUUCAACUUUUGGCAGGAGUUUGAGCUUAUUCGGUCCGCCCAGCGAAACCGGCUGGCCGAAGAGCAUUUGGCUCGGGAAAGGAUUACUACCUUGAUGCAGGAUGGUCAACAGGAGGUCAAUCAGGAGGCAGAGGCCCUCAGCCGAUCGAUCAGUGCGCAUGGAGUAACGUCGACCAAUUUGCCAUCACCAUCGAGAGCAAUUGCAGAUGCCGCGAAAUCCUUGGUGAAGAGCAAUUUAGACCAAGGAGUCAAAAAUAUUUCCAAUCGCUCAAAUCCGGCUGUUAGGCGAAAGACCCAAAAGCAGAAAUUGCUAACGAUAAAGACUAAGUCUAAACCAAAGCCAAAAACUGAUGAUAAACCCUCGCCAGCCCUUUCGAACAUUCCAAGGGCACCGCCCACCUCCAGGGCCACCAUGAUAGCCCCGAAUAUUUCCAACAGGGUAACUCCCAAUACAUCCCAGUUUCGAUUAGCAAAAAAGCCCAAAAAAUAACCCUUUUAAUUCAGUCACUAAAUCAUGUUUUACGCUGCAGUUUGUAGUUUUAUGAGAGUUAAUGAAUUAUUAAAUUAAAGUAGA